CAAGUACCUGUUAAAUAAUGACUUUUUAAUGCCCCUCCCUCCAAAUUAAAUAUUUUAAUGCGUUUUAUGAGAUGCGUAAAAUGGAAACCACUGCGCGUAAAUUCACGUCGGAUUAACUCUCUCUUCGCAUCCCGGCCACAUUCCCGUAAAAAUCUAUGGAAGUAGCAGAGUUUGCUUUGAACUUGCUUUAGGCUGGGUGCCGGGAGUGUUUUCUGCGGGACGUAGUGAGGAUGCAGUCGGGGAUGCGGGCGCUCUGUGCCGGCGGAGGCGCGUCUCUCUGCUGCCUGCUCAUGCUGUGGAUGAUCUACACCCACAUCCUGAAAGAAGGUCAGUUGGCAGUAGGCACAUGUGAGAUAGUGAUGUUGAAUAGAGACAGCAGUCAACCCAAGCGCACUAUCGCCAGGCAGACAGCCCGCUGUGCCUGCCGGAGAGGACAGAUCGCUGGCACCACACGGGCCCGACCAGCAUGCGUGGACGCCCGGAUAGUGAAAAGUAAGCAGUGGUGUGAGAUGUCCCCGUGUUCAGAGGGUGAGAUCUGCGGACUUCUCUUCAAUCGCUCCGGAUGGACCUGCACCAAAGGCGGCGGCCGCAUUAAAACCGUCACACCUCUGCCCAAGGAGCCAUCCUAAAGGACUUCAGAUUGCUGUGAGGAGGUUUGCUGACAUUCACAGGAGCAACGCCAAACAGGAAUCAUCCAUCAGCCCCCACACAUUUGUGUCCAUCCUCUCAUUUCAGAGCUAAAGAUAUCAGCUGCCCCUCUCCCCGUCACCCUCAAACAGGAAAUGGAAUCCGUGCGCCAUGGUUGCAGUCAGUCAAGCGUCUCUACAGUUACAUGCAGGUCAUCGAGUCCCAGCAGACGCCAUCGUCUCACAGCUGGGGACACAAAACAUUUUCAAACCUUGACAUAAAAAACUGUUUAAGUUUUGAUCUCAACAUACAUUAGCUAGGAGAACAUUUCACUUGCUUUCCAGUUAAACCGCCAGAGACUGUUCGCGUACCUUUC